GAGCCGGAGCGGGAGGGUGCGCCGAGGCAGGUUCCGCCUCCCCUGGCCCGCGCGCGCACACACGCCCACCGCGGCUAGGGUGGUGGAGCGCGGGCGAGAGUGCGCACGCCGCGGGAGCCGCUCUGCCCUCUCCACGCACUCUGCUCGGGGCAUCUUGAGCCUGGAAACGUGAACAGGCUUAAAGUAUGGCAUGUUGCAAAGAUGGUCUCUGCCAAGAAGGUACCCGCGAUUGCGCUGUCCGCCGCGGUCAGCUUCGCCCUCCUGCGCUUCCUGUGCCUGGCGACUUGUAUAAACGAAUCCCCAGGACAGAACCAAAAGGAGGAGAAAUUGUGCCCGGAAAAUUUUACCCGCAUCCUGGACAGUUUGCUGGAUGGUUAUGACAACAGGCUUCGUCCUGGAUUUGGGGGUCCUGUAACAGAAGUGAAAACGGACAUAUAUGUCACCAGCUUUGGACCUGUCUCUGAUGUUGAAAUGGAAUACACAAUGGAUGUAUUCUUCAGACAAACGUGGAUUGACAAAAGGCUCAAAUAUGAUGGCCCCAUUGAAAUCCUGAGGUUGAAUAAUAUGAUGGUAACAAAAGUGUGGACACCUGAUACUUUCUUCAGAAAUGGAAAGAAAUCUGUUUCACAUAACAUGACAGCUCCAAAUAAACUUUUUAGAAUCAUGAGAAAUGGCACUAUUUUGUACACAAUGAGACUUACCAUAAAUGCGGAGUGUCCUAUGAGAUUAGUGGAUUUCCCCAUGGAUGGUCAUGCUUGUCCGCUGAAAUUUGGGAGUUAUGCGUAUCCGAAGAGUGAAAUGAUUUACACCUGGACAAAAGGUCCCGAGAAAUCAGUUGAAGUGCCAAAGGAAUCGUCCAGCCUAGUCCAGUACGACUUGAUUGGGCAAACUGUAUCGAGUGAAACUAUCAAAUCGAUUACGGGUGAAUAUAUUGUUAUGACGGUUUACUUCCACCUCAGACGAAAGAUGGGUUAUUUUAUGAUUCAGACAUAUAUCCCAUGCAUUAUGACAGUGAUUCUUUCUCAAGUUUCAUUCUGGAUAAAUAAGGAAUCAGUUCCAGCUCGGACUGUAUUUGGUAUAACCACAGUUCUCACCAUGACCACAUUGAGCAUCAGUGCACGCCAUUCUCUGCCCAAAGUGUCCUAUGCUACUGCCAUGGACUGGUUCAUUGCUGUCUGCUUUGCUUUUGUAUUUUCGGCUCUGAUUGAAUUUGCUGCUGUCAACUAUUUCACCAAUGUUCAAAUGGAAAAAGCCAAAAAGAAGAAAUCUAAACUCCCUCAGGAAAAUCCAGCUGUUCCAGUGCUAAGAGAAAAGCAUGCUGAAGCACCUCUGCAGAGUACACAUGCUAAUUUGAACAUGCGGAAAAGAACAAAUGCCUUGGUUCAUGCUGAAUCAGAUGUUGGCAGCAGAACUGAAGUGGGAAACCAGUCAAGCAAAUCUGCCACAGUUGCUCAAGAAUCCUCUGAAACCAAACCCCAGACUGACUUAGCUUCCAGUCCAAACCCGUUCAGCAAAGCAAAUGCAGCUGAAACUAUAUCUGCUGCAAGAGCACUGACACCUGCUCCUCCUUCUACUCCCAGUCAGACUGCAUGUGUGUCUAGACAAGCUUCCAUUGGAUCUACUUCUGCUCAUCACGCGUUUGGAUCAAGACUUGGACGGAUUAAGACCACAGUUAAUACCACAGGGGCUUCUGGGAAACUGUCAACUUCUCCACCAGCUCCUCAACCCUCUGGAUCUGGCACAAGUAAAAUAGACAAAUAUGCUCGUAUUCUCUUUCCAGUCACAUUUGGAGCAUUUAACAUGGUCUAUUGGGUUGUUUAUUUAUCUAAAGAUACUAUGGAAAAAUCAGAGAGUCUAAUGUAAUUUUAUUGUAUGAUAGUUUCCUACAAGUUGAUAAAAUGCAGACUAGCUUUUGCAAUGUUUUUUUAAAGAUAAAUAGUUAUUCUUUACAAAAAUAAAAGGCUACACAUAAUUUUUCAGUUCAAAAAAAUAUAAACCAGCUAUUGGGAGAGAUAAUUUUUCGGUGACAAAUAAGUGACAUCUUUAUUCUGAGAAAAAUGAUCAGUUCAUCCUUCAAAUAAGAUGAAAUGUAGGCCAUUCAGAACGUUGAGAAGACAAAGAAGGCUAUUAGAAAUAUGGAGUAUACAUUUUUUUGCAUUGCAAUUUAAAGAGAUUGUGAAAUGUUUAAAAUAUACCCUAUACAUGUCAUCGGCCAUCCUAAAUUUCUCAGUGACACUAUCCUUAACCAGAACUGUUUAUCAGAUAUCAUAUGCUUUAGCCUUUGGAAAUCCUUUUACUACCUACCAAAAAAA